UUUCAUUUGUUAUCGACAGUGUAUUUAAAAUACAAUGGAAUACGACGGAUAUUAAAAUCAUGCGAUAUUUUGCAUCUUUUAUGUUAUCUUGAUGAUCUACAUUGUCCUAAAUUUUGUAGAAUUUAAACAAUGACAUAUGCUUAUCAUAUUACUUUAAAAGUAAAGUGCAUUUGUAAGAUAUGUUAGUAGACAAAAAUACUGUGCAUCUAUAGAGAGAGAGGGAGAGAGUACACAUAAGGGAGAUAGUACAGUUUAUUGUUAUGUUCUAAAUGACACCAAGUAUGGAACGUUACAGGAUAUGUAAACCAUCUACUUAUAGAACAGUCCAGGAUUUAUUGAAUUUCGCACCUUGUCCACCACCCAUGCUUAACUACAGUGAAUUUCGUGAACACGCGCUCAGUCGAAAUCUAAGUCAUGUAGAAAUUUGCAACAUUACAAGGAGAUGUCUUCCAGGUGACAUUGAUGCGGAUGAAAACUGUAGCUCAAGAAUGUCAACGACAACCGUAUUGUCCACUCCAGUCACUGACUCUGCUACUACCAAUGUUAGUAGGACACCAACAACUACGGAAGUCACACUUAGUCAUGCUACGGAUUAUUCAAUGUAUAGCUCUACAUUCUCUACAGAACAGACAACAUAUCCUCCUACAAGCUCUUCUAAUAUUGCAAAAAUCAUCGUCAGUGUGAUCUGUCCGAUUGCCAUUGUCGCCCUUUUCAUCGUUGCCCGGGCUUCACUCAAGAACAGCAUUCGAUGCAAACUAGUCAAAACAUGGAAACAAGGUCUCAUCAUGGAGCUAUAACUAAUUCAGCAUGCGACGUAACAUAUAUUUCAUCAGCCGUUCAAAGAAAAGAUAAUUUUGAGUCAAAUAUCAAAAAUGAUGACAAAUGUAAUCUGGAAAACGAAACAGCGAAUAAACCUAGUUUAGAACAUCCUACAAAUUUCGACAAUAGUGUGGUUGACGGCUGUGUUAACCUCAAUGACCAUGAUCAGCAGCAACUCUCGACCUGGCUUUGAAAGCGAAAGGACGACAGUUCGAACAAUACAUAUAGAAGUGGUAUCAACAUGAUCUAAACAGAAAGCAGCUUUAAAACUUAAUGAAAAUGCAAUUCAGGCACUGGGAGAAUAAAAAGUGAAAAUGUAUGCGCAUUUAGCAAACACAUUGUGAAAAAUGGGAUUAAUGUCAUAAAAGAAAUAAAAUGAUAUAUAAACAUUA